GGCAUCUUUCUCUCCAUCUUCCCCCUCUCUCUCUCUAUCUCUGUCAUUCUGUCACAGUGUGUGUGUAUGUGUGUGUACAAAAGCGUCUCAGUGCUUUCACCUCAAUCCGAGCUUUUCGUAGCUUUGUGGGGCAGACCAGCGCAGGACUCAAACACACGACCAAAGGGGUUCCCUCUGAGCAAUUUCUUUGACCUUCCCUCUUUUUCAGUUCUCCAAGCCCCUUUCUCUCUCUUCCCUCCAAGGAACUGCGGGUUUCCCUCCUUUCCUCUGCAUCCUUCUUCUCACUGAACAUCUCUGCUCUGCCUGGACGGUGGCUGCAUCGAUGCAAAAUGGGUUGUGGCAAUUCCUCAGCCACCAGCACCUCAGGAGGGGGGCCAACAGAAGCCUCCAAAGAUGAGACAGAAGACCCCUCAGCAGAAGAUGAGAAAAGAAGGAAUUACGGCGGCGUAUAUGUGGGUCUGCCUGCAGACCCCACCACAGUGGCUGCUAGUCAGUCUAAAUCCACAUGAAAAGACUAGCAGCUAUUGAAGGGAUUUCAACACAGGAACCUCAAUUUUGAGUCACCCAGACAUACAUUAUCAGCAGAGAAUGUCUUGGUGCUCUGAUUCUGGUUAAAAAUGGACUAAAAAAAGAUUUUCAGACUCACACUGAGCAAAGACAGGAAAAGUUUGCAGGGACACCGAGGAUGCUGGCUUAUGGAGCAGUGGAAGGUGGAGGAAUGUUUGAAUGCAUAUGGCAUAAAUCAUUGUCCUUUAUCAUCGAGAACAAAAGACAAAGAAGGAGAAGUCCAAGACAGGCCCCCACCCUUGGACUGGCAGUUGUGGGUGGCAGUGGCAUGUAUUUUGACAGUCCUCUUGGCAAGACAGUCGCAUCAGUAGAACCCUCUCCUUCUCAGGAAAUGAUGGAGGAUACAGUCAACAUCCCAACUAACUGAGGGAAUCACACAAUAUUCCCAAACUCCUUGGCAAUAAUUCUUUCUGCUAAUUAUGUAACUCAAGGACCUGCUGUUGCAUCAGGAAAGUGGGAUAUUACUCUCAAUAAUUGCUCUCAGUACUGAAAUUGAGGUUGCUUAACAUGAUGUUCUGGGUGUGGUUGUGCUUACUAUCCCUGCAGCCUUGUUUUUUUCUCUGAAAAAUAUAAUACUUUCAAAGCACAUAAUGGAGUCUUUCUUAAAGAUAUACAUAAUGUAUAGCUGAACUCUAAAUGUUGUCUUUUUAGUGAGUAAUCUUUGGAAAAACUGUCAACAAAAGAUCCUAAGGUGAAGUUUGUAUUGAAACACAGCUUAUAUUUAGAUAUUUACACUGCCUUUGCAACUGUAUUCCCACACCUUGAACUUUUUCACAUUUUGUCAUGCUACCAGAAACGCCAUUGUAUUCAAUUGGGAUUUUCUGUGAUGGUCCAACACAAAGUAAUUGUAAAGUGGAAGGAAAACUAGGCAUAAAUUUAAGUUUGUUUUUACAAAUAAAAUCUAAAUGGGCGGAUGUUUGAUCAUGUAAAAUCCUAAUAAAAUACAUUAAAGUUUGUGUUUGCCGCAUGAGAAAUUGUAAAAAAGUUCAAGCGGUAUGAAUACUUUUUCAAGGCUUUUUAAACUCCUUGUACUCUACACUAUCAUGAUCUACUCAGUUAUCAUAAUCAGCAGUUUAGUUCAGUUCAGCAUCAUGUCAACAUGUGCAAAAAAGUUGGGCCAAAACUGAGGAUAAAAUAGUCCAGAAAUGAAUUGAAGAAUCUUAAUAAAAUCUACUUUGACUGGUUAAGAUCACAGCAUUGUACUUAUUAUGUACUUAUAGUCUGUACAGAUUCUAUGUACCCUGUUCUUGUGGCUAACGGGAUAUUCUCUAACACCCUUUAGGCCAUACCGAAAAGGAAUAAAUGACUUUUUUAUGCUUCAUGUGGCUUUAGUGCAGUAUACUUAACUGAAUACUGAGUCAAGAAAUAAAAAAUUUUCUGGCUUGCUGAAGCAAAAUUAUUGCAGCAGAUAACUUCUUAAAACAACCAAAAGCUGCAAGUAAAUAAAUCAGGUUUAAUUUUAUACUAAGGUAAAUAUAGGCAUCAACUCCUUACUGUUAUAAACAAUAAAUAAAUGCUGAUAUAUUUCCUGCUGUUUUGAUCCCUGUGUCUAAUAAACUAAAAACUAAAUAAAAUGUGAACCGGAUCUACAAACUA